CCCCACAUGUAAACCGGCGUUCAGACUGGUGUGGUGUAACUGAUACUUCUAAUAGUUACAAGUAUCUGUUAUUUUUAUGUCAGUUGGUAUCUGUGUGUGAUAAUGAGAGCUCUACUGGCAAUACUCUUCGUGACAGCUGCAGUUCUAGCAGAACCAAGCAAAGUCGUCCAAAAGAGAAGCGGUUUACUCGGUCACUACGGAGCACCAUUGCUGGGACACAGCUACGGACUGGGACAUGGUUACGGACUGGGACAUGGUUACGGACUGGGACAUGGUUACGGACUGGGACAUGGUUACGGACUGGGCCAUGGCUAUGGACUGGGGCACGGACUGGCGUACAGUGCUGGGCAUAUCGUGGGAGCCGAUGUACACACAACAGUGACAAAACACAUCGGUGUACCAGUACCAGCUCCCUACCCAGUGGCGGUUGAUCGACCCGUGCCUUACCCUGUUAAGGUAGCGGUAGCGGUUCCAGUGGACAGACCGUACGCCGUACCAGUGCCGAAGCCGUAUCCAGUCGCGGUGGACCGGCCCGUGGCAGUGCCAGUCGACCGACCUGUGCCAGUGCCGGUGCCACAUGCCGUCCCUGUGCCAGUCAUUAAGCAGGUGGGUGUCCCAGUGCCGCAACCGUACCCAGUGGCGGUACACAAACCAGUUGCCGUACCAGUGCCACAGCCAGUAGCGAUACCUGCAGUGAGCCACGCGCACUAUGCUGCACCGCUACUGCAUGAUGUUCACUCGCAUGGACUACACGGGUUACCGCUCCAUGGAAAGAUCUGGUGAUGAGAAUGUUUUAUCUGUCGUUUGUUAGAGCAGGAUCUAAGGAGUCUUACAUGCUUGAUGUUGAUUUUUAAUGGAAUUAUAUCUAGCCUGAAAGAGAUCUUUUCCCAACCCUCCGAAGCUUCGGAAGAUAUAAAUCGUUGUCUAAUUAGGAAGUCUUUGAAAAGCUCGCUCUCCACAGGUAUGCCACAGGUAUGGUGGGUAUUUAUCAAGGAAAUACGGUUUGAAAUUUCGCGAGGUAAAUUAUGGGUAUAGUUUUUUCUACGCGAGUGCACACCUAUUCUAACAAACGAGAUCGGUUUAAAUCAAACGACUUGUAAAAUUUGGAGGCAUUUCAAAAUAACAUGACUGUUACUACACGGAUUUUAUGUGAUGUAGAUUAGUAAGAUAUAUUUAGAAUAUAACAAGCGUAUGCUUUACAUUGCUAUUGAGAGUUUGUGGGUCCAGAAAUUAUGUUCACUUGGCUAAUGGCAUGCUGAAACUCAAAUCGCCCACACCAAAUACCAAUCUGUAUUCUUCGCAUUAAUUUGCCAACAUGUAGCGUCAAAUUCCUCGUGGAAUAUCUUAUAGAUAAAGUAGAUAACAUACAUUAUUUGGCUUUAGUAAUCAAACAUACGAUUUAAAUGUUUAUUGAUAAUAUGGUAAUGGAAUUUUAACAAGCUUAUCAAUGCACUUAACGGAAGAGCUAUGUCUUUAAUCUCCUUUGUUAUCAGAAUAAAUAAAUAGGCGUAAGUGCCAUGUGUAAUCUGUGUCAUAUUAGGGCUCGUAACUUCGUCUCUAUAAUAUAAAGUCAUGGUUUGGGGAACUUGGGACGAAGUGCAAUAAUUCUAUUAGAAGCCGGUAUAUAAAAAUUCAUUUCAAAAUAUGUGACGCCGACAUUUUUGAUGUUUCUGAUGACUGCAGCGCUUUUAAAAGCGGUUGAUUUGAAGGCACCCG